GGAGACGCGGGAGCGGGAAUAACGUGUCUGGACCUGUUUGCAUUUGCAUUUGGCUUUGGUUCCUUUGCUCAAGAGACAUGGGGCGAGUAUUUCACUGAUUCUGAUUGAUCAGGAAGUUUCUUACUUUGCGAAUAGUCAAACUUAUCUCCACUUUAAGGAGAAUACUUGUUGUCAUCAAGCUUUAAGUGUGUCCGAGACCUCAGAAGUUCCGAACGGACCAUGUCUAACGAUUCAGACUCUGAGGCGAUGGAUGUGGAUGAAACCCUUAAUGACACUCAGGCCACAAAUUGCAGUACUCCUGGUGGAGGCGGUUCCGAUGAGGCGCUCAUUGACAUCUACGCCAAGCAGUAUGAAGAGGCGCAGAAAAUAUUGCAGGAUGGCCUCACGGACGCCGAGUCAGUUGCAAAAGUGGGACAGUUGCUGAGAGAUUCGUCUAUACACUGUAAAAAAGAGAAAAAAGUACGGGAGUCACUAUUUGGUAGCUCAGUCUUGUCACUGUGUGCUCAAAUAUCCAAGAAUCAAGCUCUUGCAUUAGACACAAAUUUGUCGGCAUUCGACGUUCAAGCGUUUGCUGAUGGCAUACUUGCUUAUGCUUUUGAUGGAGAAACUGAAACAGUCGACUGGGACAAGUUAUCUAAGAGGGCCUCUAAAAUGUUCAAGAGGUCUCCAGCAAUGUCGUAUAUGUAUGGCUCUUUCAAAGCAACUGAGCUUCCAAGGAAGGAACCCAAGGAGCGUGUUCGACGACAAGCAUUCAAAGCUACUGGAGAGAAGAAAGAACCUGAAAAGGUUACCAAUGUCACAGCUACUGAUGAGGGAAAUGACAAAGCUGUUCAGCAUCUAAAGAAGGUACUCAAGAGCAAAUUCAGGGAAUCUGGUAACCAACCAAUUGAUUUCUUUAAAUUUGUGUUGGAUCCUACCUCAUUUCAUCGCACUGUUGAGAACAUAUUCCACCUCUCGUUUUUGAUGAAAAACAACAUUUGCGCUGUGAGACAAGAUAAUGGAGGAGGACUUCCAUACAUACACUAUGUGAGUACCCAAGAAUGUACGGAAUUGCAGAAGGGGAAAAAGUUGCAGUGCAUUCUUUCCAUCACCCCUGAACAAUGGGAGACUUUAGUGGAAGCUUUUAAGGUUGACAAGCCUAUGGUACCACCUUUGACUUGAAGUGACCAAAGAUGCUGCUGCUGACCUCAGUUGCACCACCACACAACCAAGCCUCUCUUCUAUGUGAUUCAGUAUUUUUAGUCUUGUCACUAUAACAUACUAUUUCUAUUUUAUGUUUUCUUCUUAUGUACCUCUAAUUUAAUUGUUAAAACACAAAUUAUAAAUGUUCCUGCCAAAUCUUUAGUCAUAUUAUUAUUUAAUUAGAAAUGUGACUACGUAAUAUCUAAUAGCUUAUUAAGAUGUAUUAGUUUCACUAUGGCAAAUAGUGCCUUUUUCUCCAUGAACCUUUACUGAUACAUAGUUUUUAAGUCUUAAUGUUUCUACAGUAUUUUAUCUUUCCUCAUUACCAAGUUGAGGUUGUAAACAGAGCUAAGAGUUAGCCAAUAAAUAUUGUUUAUUUCUUUAA